UCUUUUCUUUUUUAAAUUUUUGUUUUUCACUGUUGUUCUGUCCCCGGUUGUCUAAUUGUCUGUCCAGACGGUUGCGUAAUAGGAAAUAGAGGAAACAUAUAUGGGGCGAUACUUUUACAAGCCUGUACACGUGGAUAUUUUGUGUUGGGUCGACGGCCCCGUGGCACUCUGUAAAAAAGCAGCCAACAAUGAUUCAACAGAAAAUGUUGAGCUUUUAGCAGCUUGUUUAGUGAAAGAAUUUGUAGAAGAUUCCCCUACUUCGUUGUUAUUUUGAUUUUCUUCGUCUUUCCCUUCAUUUUCUUCAAAAUUUUCUAAUUUAUCUUCUCCAAUAUUAUCAGAAGUAUUUUCUUUAAAUUCAUCUUUUCUAGGAGAGCCAAAUUGGCUGCUGCUUGAACAAUUAUUAUUCUCCUUUUUACGCCAUUUUGCCCUUAACAAAA